UUUAAUGAAGAUGAAAGACGCAGUCCUUGUGUUUGAAGAAAGACCCACCAAAUUAAUCCGCGUUUUCUCUUUUUGUUUCUUUCCUCUUGAAAGCAUGAAGAAGUCUCCAACUCAGACCUGUUCAUCUACCUUUUCCAGUUUCAAUUUCCAUUUUCACCUUCUUUCUCUCUUCUUCAUCUCGCCACCUCAUUCUUAUUAAGCGCAACUACCACAAUGGAAGCAGUAUUUCGGAAUCAAGACUCGUCUUCAAAGUUGGUUGUGGAUAAAGUGCUGAAUCGGUGUCUGUUCUAGCUGGAUAAAGUAAUGAAUUAGCUUAUUGUGGCAGUGGACCUCUGUAGUGCUGGUCUCAUGCAAGAUGAUUGAGAAUUUUGAAUAUCAAGAGAGGUCAAGGGAUGGUUGAUCAAGGUGAUUUAGUUGUCAUCUGUGUCUCUAUUGGAGUGGCCCUUGGGAUUUUGAUAGCUUGCUUGGUGUAUUUUUGCACAAGGUGGUACAAUAAGCGAACUCAUCUUAGCCGAUCUGCGAAUGAGCCUAGUUUAACAGCUAUCCCUAUACGAACAAAUGGAUUAGGAACGAGCACUGACUUCAGUGCUUCACUCACCAGUUCCAUAGCCACUUAUAGGUCACCAAAUCCUCCAAAAAAAUCACAUCCAGCUGGGCGGAAUCAUCAGAAUAAAGAUGGCUUUGCUUCUGUAUCAGGCAUUCUGAAGUACUCGUACAAGGAAAUUCAGAAGGCCACACAAAAUUUCACAAGUAUUUUGGGAGAAGGGUCAUUUGGCACAGUUUAUAAAGCCGUGAUGCCUACAGGAGAGGUGGUAGCUGUGAAGAUGCUUGCACCCAAUUCCAAACAAGGGGAGAAAGAAUUUCUAACGGAGGUGCUUCUGCUAGGAAGACUGCAUCAUCGGAAUCUUGUAAAUUUGUUAGGGUACUGCGUAGAUAAAGGACAGCUUAUGCUUGUUUACGAGUUCAUGAGUAAUGGAAGUUUAGAAAACCUUUUAUACGAUGAAGAAAAAGAAUUGAGUUGGGAUGAAAGGCUGCAAAUUGCUGUUGAUAUUUCGCACGGAAUAGAAUACCUUCAUGAAGGGGCAGUACCACAUGUCGUACAUCGAGAUCUGAAAUCUGCUAAUAUUCUGCUAGAUCACUCAAUGAGAGCUAAGGUUUCUGAUUUCGGGCUCUCAAAGGAAGAGAUCUUUGAUGGCCGUAAUUCUGGCCUUAAAGGUACAUAUGGCUACAUGGACCCAGCAUACAUUACCUCGAGCAAGUUCACAGUGAAGAGUGACAUUUACAGUUUUGGUAUAAUAAUUUUUGAGCUCAUCACUGCCAUCCAUCCACAUCAAAAUUUGAUGGAAUAUAUCAACCUUGCUGCAAUGGAUUACGAUGGUGUAGAUGGGAUUCUUGACAAGCAACUUGUGGGAAAAUGCAGCGUUGAAGAAGUGAGACAGCUUGCUAAAAUUGCACACAAAUGUUUGCACAAAUCACCUAGGAAACGCCCAUCUAUAAGUGAAGUUUCGCAGGCUAUAUUGGGGAUUAGGCAAAGGCAAAGGCGUCUGAUGAAAGAAGACACCAUGUCAUUUGCAAGCACCAACUUCUCCCGAAGCAUGAGUCAAAUAGAUGAGCAACAGGUUGAAUUAAGUACAGGGAAAUAGGGUGAACACAUAUUCAUAUAUUUUGUUGUGAAAAUUCUUUUUGGGUUUAGGUUAAGAAAAUUUGUACAAAAAAAUCAUUGAAUGCCACUAUCUGCGUAUGUCAGUCAGGAUGUACAGGUAUCAAGGGUGGAUCUCAUGCUACCUUGAACAUGAUUCUUUGGUUUGUGAAUGGUCAAUUAUCUUGUGAGUUUUUUAUA